GGCGCAGUUGCGAAACUGAGUGCCUGUAUAGCUCUUCCUAGAAUACCUGUCUGGUGCUCUACUCUUCCUCAAGACUACCUCAACACUCCUCCCACUUGGGGACUCCAGCAUGUGGUAAGGAAGAACAAAGAUGCAAUAUUUUUCUAUGGAAGUCUUCAUUGGUGUGAACAGUUGAAUUGAAUUCAGGAUAAAUUCCACUUUAGCAUAAAAAAGUCCUCUCCGUGUCAGAAAAUUUUAAGCUGACUACACAAGACUCUGCCUUCCCCAUGUUUCCAUAGCCAGCGACAUGACCUGACACCUUGAUGACCAGUCUCAGGGCCCUUGGGUGACUGGUGCACCAUGGAACUUAAAGUAUGGGUGGAUGGAGUUCAAAGGAUUGUUUGUGGGGUCACCGAAGUUACAACUUGCCAGGAGGUUGUAAUAGCCUUAGCUCAAGCAAUAGGUCGAACUGGAAGGUACACUCUUAUAGAAAAAUGGAGAGAUACUGAAAGACACUUAGCACCUCAUGAAAAUCCUAUCAUAUCCUUAAACAAAUGGGGGCAGUAUGCUAGUGAUGUACAGCUAAUUUUACGUCGAACAGGGCCAUCUCUUAGUGAGCGACCCACUUCAGACAGUGUGGCUCGAAUUCCAGAAAGAACUUUAUAUAGGCAGAGUUUGCCCCCCUUGGCUAAACUGAGGCCUCAGAUCGACAAAUCAAUCAAAAGGAGAGAACCUAAAAGGAAAUCAUUAACAUUUACAGGAGGUGCCAAAGGAUUAAUGGACAUUUUUGGAAAGAGCAAAGAAACUGAAUUUAAGCAAAAGGUGCUGAAUAACUGCAAAACAACAGCAGAUGAGUUAAAGAAGCUGAUCCGGUUGCAGACAGAAAAGCUUCAAUCCAUUGAGAAAGAGCUAGAAUCAAAUGAAAUUGAAAUACAAUUUUGGGAGCAAAAAUAUAAUUCUAACCUUGAAGAGGAAAUUGUCCGCCUGGAGCAAAAGAUCAAAAGAAAUGAUGUAGAAAUUGAAGAGGAAGAAUUUUGGGAAAAUGAAUUGCAGAUUGAACAGGAAAAUGAAAAACAGCUGAAGGAUCAACUUCAAGAAAUAAGACAGAAAAUAACAGAAUGUGAGAGUAAAUUAAAGGACUAUUUGGCUCAGAUCCAGACUAUGGAAAGCGGUCUUGAAGCAGAAAAAUUGCAACGGGAAGUUCAGGAGGCACAAGUCAAUGAAGAAGAGGUUAAAGGAAAGAUUGGUAAGGUCAAAGGAGAAAUUGACAUUCAAGGCCAACAGAGUCUGAGGCUGGAGAAUGGCAUUAAAGCUGUAGAAAGAUCUCUUGGACAAGCCACCAAACGAUUACAGGACAAAGAACAAGAACUGGAGCAGUUGACUAAGGAGCUGCGGCAAGUCAAUCUCCAGCAGUUCAUCCAACAGACAGGGACAAAAGUUACCGUGUUGCCAGCAGAGCCCAUUGAAGUAGAGGCCUCACAUGCAGACAUAGAAAGGGAGGCACCAUUCCAGUCCGGGUCCCUGAAGCGGCCUGGCUCGUCGCGGCAGCUCCCCAGUAAUCUUCGUAUUCUACAGAAUCCUAUCUCAUCUGGUUUUAAUCCUGAAGGCAUAUAUGUAUAACAUUAUCUGCCUUUAGGGGAGAGACCCAACAAAGGUACCAAGGACAUUUAAAAUUCCUUCUUUGAUUUGUGCCAAUGAUGAACAGAGGAUCUAUUUCACAAGCCACCGUAUCUUUUUUCUGUCCUAAAUUGCAUACCACUUGGAGCCAUACCCUGUGCACUGAUGCUAAAGAACAAAGAAACUGUGUUUUCACACAUCAACAGUGUUGACGUUUCUGUCCAGCAGCUGUAAUGCAAAGCCUUCAUUUUUAUUUGUAGCAUUUGAGAGCGUUAAGAAAGUACUAUACUGUGUGUAUACGUAAAUAAAACCAUGACUUAAGAAUGAAGAGAAAUAUGUGACUGGCUUAGUUUAAUUUAUUCCAUAUAAUCGAUUAAUGGGUGAAUGUUGAUGUUUUAAUAUUUUUUAUUAAUACUUAUCCUGUGACUGAAUUACAUUAUAUAUUGUGUGAUUAUGACUUUGUGUGCAUGUUGCCAGACUCCAUCCAUACGUUGCUGAUCUUCAACUGUAAAAAUGUCAUAGGGUGCUCCACCAUCAAAACUAACUCCAGAGGAACCCACUUGUAUUUAUUUUGUGUACCUGUCCUAGCCAUUGCUUUAAUUAGAUGAAAUAAUUCAGGUUUUAUUUUUAAUCUGGACUUGAAUCUUCUCUUUGUAAUAUUUCCAGUAUAUGAAUGACCACAUACCAGAAUAGAAAUAUUUUCAAGAGGUUAAUUGUAUGUUUAAAAGAUUUGCAGUACUUCAGACCCUUUAAACAAAAAAGUAAUUGUUGAUUAUCUGUCCAAACAGACAGGGGAUUUCCUGGGACAUGGGAUUUCCUGAUACAUUAUAUGUUUUUUUGUUUCUGCCCUGCCUUAAUCAUUUUAAUCUCAUUGAUCCUCAGAGUUGCCAUAAUACAUAGGUAGAGAUUCCUGGUUGACCUACUUAGAAAGGUUACUUUAAGUGACAUUUUUUAAAUAACCCACUUCAUAUGUAUGCUCUAUUGGUAUAAGCACCCAUGGGUGAGUUAUUGCUUGCACAUAAUUUACUCUGUACUUUAUGAAUUAUUGCUAUUUCUCCAAUCACUUAGAUAGAAAGUACAUUGGAGUUAGGUAUUUUUUACAGAGGAAAUAAAGUUAAAUUCUUUUUCUUUACCACUUUUGAGCUUGACUUUUACAGGACAUGAGUCUCCAUUUGUACAUAUAUUUUCUUAUUUAUAAAAUCAAAAAUGAGUCAGUAUCUCAUGAAUGGUGACUUAACUAAGAUUCACAAGUAAUAUCAGGAUGGGUGUGGUCAGAUACCAUUUUGCCAUUUUUACAUUCCCUCUGAUCAAAAUUUGGUACAACAAUAAAGACUUUAACCUGAGUAGUUUUUAAUUCUGAGGAAAAUAUAUUCUCUGUAUUACAUGCAACAAAGUAAAAGUGGGUUAGUAUAUUAAUGCCAUGGUAACAAUAAAAAGAUGUAAGCUAUAUCUUAUGCAUGAGGGCAACUUUGGAUGUUUUAACACAUUUGACUUAUUUUGGCUUAAUGAAUGCUGAGAAUGCUGCAUUUAGGUUUCCAAUGAAAAAUGUUAAGAAUGGCUAUGAAAAUAUAUAGAAGCUUCUAGAGAACUGAAAGUAAUAAUGCAGAGUUGCCUUUUCUAGUCCAGCUAAAUGGCAGACCUCAACUAAAAAUACUAUUUUCUUUGGGUUCUUGGAGUUAUCAAGUUGACCUUGCCAUUAUGCUAUUUUGCAAAUAACUUGAGAAAUAAUUUAUUCUUAACCUGUAUAACCACAACCUAUACACAUUUCCUCUCAAUUUAUAAUAGUUAUUUCAUAUCUACAUAUAUUUAAAAAUUAGAACUAAAAAAAUCAAGGUAAUUUGUAGAUUUUGUGACAGAAAUGAUUUAUGUAUGCCCAGUAUAUGCCUUAUUUUUAAAGGGUUCCAUCCUAUACCAAGAGUCAUUUUGUUAUCGUUCAGAGAAAUUAAGAUCUUAUUCACAAAGAAAAACAUUUUUUUAUAAAUUAAUCACAUUCUAUUUAAAUCAAAAUAUUAAACUGAAGAUAUAUUAAACUUUGCAAUUUUUAAUUGCAAAGACGCCUUGGUAUGCCAUCAGAUACACAAAGUCAAUGUCCAACUUAAUUCUUGUAAAUUAUUAUCAGUAUUAACCUAAUAACUUUAAGACUGGCAGCAUUGUGACAACUUCAUCUGAAUUUUCAAAUACCAAAUAAUCUUUAUGGACCUAAUUACAGAUAGAAAUACUAUUUCCUAGAUGGGAAAAAUAUAUAAAUGUGAAUUUGAUAAAUACAUUGAGCAGCUAUACUUUUUAAUCAGUUAUAUUACUUCUGGAAGAAAAUCUCUAAGAAAUAUUUUCUAAGUCUUUUUCUAAAAUAGGAGAAAAACUCAUUUCCCUAGAACAUCUUAAAAAUAGUAUUCCUGAUCAUUUUUACGUAUUGUGAACACAGAUGAGUUAGAUUAAGUGCCACAUCUUUUGGAUACAUUUCGGGGCGGGGCGGGCAGUGGGCAGUGAUAUACAAAAAUACCAAAUACAGAAUUUUUCAACUGGGGAAAUAUUCAGGUUCUAAAUACUAAACUACAUUUUAAGGGGUUUUUUAUUAUUAUGCUGCAAGUUUUCUUAUGAUUUCCUAUAAGUAUUAAAUACACUAGAAGAUAAUUUGUUUCCUUACAAGGAAUGAUUUGAAAUAGCAUUGGUAUAUUUGACCCUUUGGAGUGUCUAGCAUCCUCAGAGAAUGAUCCAUACUGGGUUGCCUCAGUCCUUUUUUUUUUCUUAUGAGAUAUUUUGGUUUGUUAGCAUGUUUUUUUGUCCUGACGCACAAGGAAUUUAUAUGUGAGACUUUGGUUGGUAUUAAUAGGAAUUACCCAUUUAAUUCCCUCAGUCAUCCCUGAAGCAAUCAUCAACUCCCAUAGUUCAAAUUAAUCAUACACUCAAGCUAAAACAGCAAAAAUACAGAAUUUAUGGUGUGAAAUAUGAUUAUUAAUAGUGUUUAAGAACAAAUAAAACACUUGCUUCCAGAGCAUAAAUUUUUACCUGCAUGAAAAGAACUUUUCUUUGUGAAUAAGAGAAAAAUGGUCUUUAGAGUAAAGAAACUUCAUUUAAAGCCAUUUCUGUGAACAUCUUUCCAAGUCAGAACUAUAAUAAUGGAUUGAGGAAAUACUAUGGAAAAGGCAAAAACUCUUGAUUUCAGGUGUUCAAAGGAUGUGGGCAGAUGGGCAUUUCCCUGUGUGCAUUGCCUUUGAAAAAUUGGGCCUUAAUUUAUAUGUAUAUAACAAUGCUGUGUUCACAUCCCUCUUUUACCUAAAGUUGUCUUUAUUAGUCUAUAUUGUAUUAAAAUUUAGCUCAUAAGUAUUACUUUUAUAUUAUGUCCAUUUUUUGCAUGUUUAUACUACUUGCUACAGUAUUUUUAAGUUUUGGGUGAAGGCCAUCAGCUGUGUGGAGAAGACAAAACAAUCACUAUUUAUUCAGUAUUGCUGCUUUUCAUUUCCAGAAUAAGCUUUCGAUGCCAGGACAGUGACUGCUUGAAAGCUGCAGGAGCUCUAUUCCAAUGCAUUUUAUAUAUUUUUAGAAACCAAAUAAAUGCAGAUAACUAUUUAGUAUACUAAUUAUAUUAAACCAGCAGAAAUAUAAAGGCAAUAAAGUAUAUACAUAUAUAUAUGGGGGGAGGGAAAGAUUAAAAAAUAGGUUUACAGCCAGACAUGGUGAUAGCCCUAAAUAUAUUUCCAAUCUGUCUGUCUUUAUUGACCCAAGGAGGACUUGAGUUGCUGCAGCUUUAAACAGGAAAUUACCAUGUUCACUACUGUGGACACAUAAAUAUGCUUUUAGUACUGCUUUGCUUAUGUACCAAUAAAAUAUCUGUAAUAUGUAUUAUAUGUAAUUAUUCUUUUUUUGACUUUCAUUUCAAAAUGUAUAUUUUCUGAUUAUUAUCAUGAGCUGUAAAACAAAGGAUCAAUAUCUGAUAUUCUCCCAAGUAAUAAAUUUUCAGGAUUCAUUGGGGCAUCAUA